GGUGGUUUGAAAGCGGCCGCGAUGGCGGACAACCGGCGGGAAUACGGCGACGAGAUCAUGGAGGAUGCAACGAUCACGCGCGGAAAGACUGGCCGACCCCCCGCGGCGGUCCGUGUCCAUUAUGAAGAGACGGGAAGGAUGAAGAACGCGUCCACGGCGUUGCUCGUGUGCAAGUUCUGUCACAAGGAGGUCGCCGGCCGCGCCGUGUCACUCGAAGGCCACCUGAAGAAGUGCCCGAACGCCCCGGAGGAGGUGCGACCGCCCAAAGUUGACAAGAAAGAGCGCAUAUCUGGACAGGCGACGUCGGUGCAUGCUUCGUCCAUGGCCAUGGCGAUGUCAACUGCUGGGGCCCUGAAAGCCGAGACGAAGCACGCGAUGAAGAAGUUGUGCACCGUGACGACGUCGAUGGAAAACAAGUUCAAGAACCUGAUCGUGCCAAAACUCAACUCGAUCCAGUCUCUACAUCUCAUGAUGCGCGACAAGCGAAGCACGCACCUCCAGUUCAAACAGCAUGCUGACCGCCUCAUGAGGCUGCUCGCCGAAGAGGCAUUAGCGACAUGCGCGAUGGAGUUUGCCACAGUGUGGACACCCAACGGCGUCGAGUACUCUGGCAUGCGACCGAACAGCAACGUUUGUGCAGUGCCGAUUGAGCGCUCAGGGGACUGUUUGCUCGAACAAGUUCUGCAAUGCGACCCUGCCGUCUCUGUCGGUAAAUUGUUGAUUGAACAAGAUGAGUCGUCGCCCGAGAAGAGCCCAGUCCUGUUUUACUCGAAGCUUCCUCCACGUAUUCCGUCGUAUGACCGGGUUUUGCUCUUGCAGCCAACUCUCGCAACGGGAUGUGUUGCUGUCGUUGCGAUCCGGCUGCUGUUGGACGCAGGAGUUGACGAGCGCAAUAUUCUCCUCGUGAGUGUCGUGGCAUGCCCCGUGGGCCUCACGGCCGUGUUCCAACUUUACCCCGAAGUGAAGAUCAUUGCGACCGCGAUCGACCCGGAGCUCAAUAGCACGAUCGACACGUCACCCGGGUUGGGCGACUUUGGGGAUCGGUACUUUAACACAAUGCAGGGGCACAAGGCGGCAGCAUCCGCUUCGCACGCCGUCAUGUCGCGGCACCCGCUCGGCGGCGGCGUCCUCGUUGACGAGUACUCGAUCGUGUAAUUACAUAGAUGGACGAGUUUGAAAUUUCAAAAAUGG